CUCUCUCGCCUUGUGGUUGAUAAAUACCAAAGCCUGCUCUUCCUCUUGCUAGACUACCACUUUACAUAGUCGAUAAACAUCCGCAAGACAGGGGAAUAAAUAGUACCGAACUUCAAUAUGUAUUCCAAUAAAAUUGAAGGACCGCGUCGAGGAAGAUCUUUCGACUCCAUGAACAUCGGGAAUGAAGAAAAGCUACUGAACAAUGAGAUGAACAAAUCAACCUUCACAAAGAUUGAAGAAUGCAGAACGGAGAAAAAGAACGCGCCGUCAGACGGCCGAGCAGCGAUUGUCUUCUCACUCAAGAAUGAAGUCGGAGGACUAGUGAAGGCGCUGAAACUUUUCCAGGAAAACCACGUCAAUCUUGUCCACAUAGAAUCCAGAAAAUCGAAAAGGCGUAACUCUGAAUUUGAGAUCUUCGUGGACUGUGACAGCGAUCACGAGCAGCUCAACGAAAUCAUUCAGCUGCUACGUAAGCACGUUAACGUAGUGGACAUGGACCCGCCUGACAACUCCUGUUUACCUGAAGAAGAUAUAGAAAAUAUCCCCUGGUUCCCCCAGAAGAUCUCCGAUCUGGACAAGUGUGCCAACCGGGUUUUAAUGUACGGAUCAGACUUGUAUGCUGACCAUCCGGGCUUCAAGGACAACGUCUACAGGAGAAGGAGGAAGCAUUUCGCUGAUCUCGCCAUGAACUACAGACAAGUUGGCACAACAGCACAAACAGAUCUGUGUUAUUUCUUCACGGUGGAGUUCGGCCUGUGUAAACAGGAAGGGAAGCUGAGAGCGUACGGAGCAGGCCUGCUGUCCUCCAUCAGUGAACUCAAGCAUGCUCUGUCUGGUAACGCCGUCAUCAAGCCCUUUGACCCCAAGGUCGCAUGUAAACAAGAGUGCAUCAUCACAACAUUUCAGGACGUCUACUUUGUGUCCGACAGCUUUGAGGAGGCCAAAGUCAAGAUGAGGGAGUUUGCCAAGACGAUCAAGCGUCCGUUCACAGUGCGAUACAACCCCUACACCCAGAGUGUGGACGUUCUGAAGGACACUCCCAGCAUUAACAGCGUGGUGGAGGAGCUGAGACACGAACUGGACAUCGUGGGCGACGCCCUCAGCCGGCUUAACAAACACCUGGGAGUCUGAGUGACAACCUAAAGCACUAUGAGUCACAUACUGCCUUCUAAAUGACACCCUGUUGCCUACAUGUGGGCCCUGGUCUAGUAGUGCACUGUUUAGGGAAUAGGGUGCCAGUAGUGCACUGUUUAGGGAAUAGGGUGCCAUUUGGGACACAAGGCCUAGGUCUCUGAUGACCUCGACGCCAUCAUCUGAGUGUAUGUGACGACCUUGUUCUCCUAUCCAAUUAUUAUCCAUCAGUCAGAUCUGUCGGUGCUGUCUUGCCAACUUCCACGGUCAUUUUCACACCAAACAAUGACAUAGGAGACGGUAACUGGCAAGACAGCUCCGACAGAAGAAAUCUGGGCCUCCCCCAAGCCAUAUCCCUUAAGCACACCUCACUAUUGUGACGUCUCUUGUGUAAAUAAAUACUCUGCUCGUGAUCCACCUCUGUAUUACUCCCAGCCUAUGACUUCCCUUAUCUUCCUCAUUCAAUGGAUCCAAAGACCWUACUAAUAACGUACACUAUGGUGUKCAAUAUAUUCCUCCAUUUGUUGUGUAUAAGGUUGUUGCUGGGAUGAAUUUAAAUGCUGUAAGUUAUAAUAUUAUUAUUAAAAAGUGUGAAUGUAUUCAAGGAUGAUUUUUGAACUAAAUGGUUCACAUUAUCCAUUUCUAAAUCAUAAACAAAUAUUUAGCUUUCUCGUUAUCCACUUCUAAUUCAUAAAAAAAUAUUUAGUUUUCUCAWUAUUCACUURUAAAUUGMCAAAAAUAUUUAGCUUUCUCGUUAUCCACUUCUAAAUCAUAAAAAAUAUUUUAAAAUGUAACUGUAGUACAUAUACUCAUGAAAACUUUAAAU